CCAGAUCCAAUCCUGAAUGAAAGUAUGUGCAUUUUUUCAAUGUUGUCAUGGUCGUCUUUCUCUGCACUCCUCCACCUUUUGGAUGUAAAUUAAUAUAAUUAUUAGCCAAAUGUCAUGUCAUAAGGUUGAUUAAUCCAUUAUAUUGUGUCAUUUGUAAUUUUAGCUUACUUCCAAUACAUGGCAGACGUGAUACCCAAGAUCACUGCUCUUCCUCGUUCCUGUGUGGUGAUACCGUGCAGUUUUACUGCUGAAGAUGAACAUCUCACUCGACUUCGUGUUCGUUGGGUCAACAAAAAGGGUGGCUACAUGUAUCACACUGACCCGGUGGACGUCUUGGACAACUUUAAAGGUCGCACAAAACUCCUCGGAGACCCGGAUGAGCAGAACUGUACUCUGGAGAUGGACGAUGUACGAACUCAUGACAACGGGCCGUUUUGCUUUCAAGCUGAAAAAAAAGAGGAGAAAUACAGCUUCAACAACAGCUGUGUGUUCAUUAUAAUGCGAAAAACGCCGGACACACCUGUGAUAUCACCCCUCCCUAACGACAUCAAACCCGGGACAGCAGUCACUGUUAAAUGUUCAGUCAAACACACAUGCUCCUCUCACCCUCCUGAAAUCAUAUGGAGUGUCUCAACAGUUCGAGAAACUAUCAGCCACAAUCCCAUGGGUGGAGGCGUCUGGGAAACAGUGUCCACUGUGAACUUUAUUCUCACCGGAUAUGAAGAGGAAGAUAAAAUUGUCUGCAACGCCAAAUUUUGGGGUGGUAAAACACAGAGCAACAGUUCUGCCCCCCUGAGUGUUAAGAGAAUUCAAGCGGUUGGAUCUGGGCCUUAUAUCAUUGCUUCUUCACUUGUGUUCAUCCUCAUUUGCAUACUUGCUGGAGUCUUCAUUUACAGGAGGCGACAAAGACAGCCUUGUGAGGACAUAACAAGAUCUGAGCCAAGGAGAUCAGUUUGGAACAGAUUUUCAAGUCGUUUUAGUAUGCCUGAUGGAAGAGCAGCUUGGUUUAAUAGUGGAAACAGGAGUGAUAUCAGGCAAGUUCAACAAUGAAUUGAUAAAGCUGUGGUUAUUGCUGUUGGUAAUGAUUCUAAUCUCUCUAAUACACAAACAAGGGAUGCGCCUGGAAGACCACCGAAGCCUGAGCAAAGACGAAGCAUCUGGAGCCGAUUUUCUAGACACCAAUCACCCAGAAAUAAUGCAAAUAUGAGAGCAGAAUACAAGGCAAACAACACAUGCAAUGUGCCACAAAACAAGACUUUCGAUAAGCCUCACAUGCCGUCACCAAAAAGUCAACGAAAAACCUGUGGUG